UACAUGACGCCAAGAAAGCCACUAAAUUGUAGUUUUUGUUCUUAAAUUCUCAAGACACUGAUCAGAAAGUUGCUGUUCUCCCACAGAGCUUCAGUCUCUAUGGGUGGGUGACAGUCCCUGGCCAGGACUUGCUGCCUAGAGCUGCUGAAGCCAUUUGGCCCCUGCAAAGGAUAAUGCAAACCUGGCAGCUGAGUCACCCAAGCCUGAGACUUGCUCCACCUCUGGACUUCCUGUUAUGUGAGGAUCCUAAAGGAUGGAAGCUAGAUUGGUGUGGUGUAUGAAGUCUAGCAUGAGCCUGAACAACUGGUUUUAUGUGUCACCAACCUGCCAGUAUAUAAAUGAGCUGUGUCUCACAAGUUCGUCUUAGAGCACCAGCUGAGCGAUGCACGGAGCAGACCUGUAGCCACCUUACAUCAUCUUCAACAUGAAGUCAGUCACAGUGUCAAUGCUUCUGACCCUGGCUCUUUGCCUUAUUCAAGAUGCUGCCAGUGAAGAUGCAAAUCAGGAAACAUGCAGUGGAUUUCAAGACUUAAUGAAAAAUGGGAAAUUGUUCUGUUCUCAGGAUAAAAAACUUUUUCAAAGCCCUCAAGGAAAAUUGCUCUUCAACAAAUGUGUCACAUGCAAAAUGAUACUGGAAAAAGAAGCAAAAUCCCAGAAAAGAACUGGGCAUUUAGUGAAAGCCACUGCCCCAACAGAGCUGAAUUGCAGUGAUUUCCAGAAAGGAGAAAAAGAUGGGGAUUUUAUCUGUACUGCUGAUGAUGCUGCAGUUUGUGGCACAGAUGGGAAAACAUACCGCAACAGAUGUGAACUGUGUGCUGAGAAUCAGAAGACCAGCUCCCAAGUUGGCAUAAAAAGUGAGGGAAAAUGUGAAAGCAGUAAUCCAGAACAGGAUGUAUGCAGUGCUUUUCGGGCCUAUGUGAAAGAUGGAAGACUUGGAUGCACAAGAGAAAAUGAUCCAGUUCUUGGUCCUGAUGGGCGAACACAUGGCAAUAAGUGUGCGAUGUGUGCCGAGCUCUUUUUGAAAGAAGCUGCAGAAAAUGCCAAGCGAGAAGGUGAAAAUAGAAUUCGAAGAAAUGCUGAAAAGGACCUCUGCAAGGAAUUUGAGAACCAAGUGAGGAAUGGGAGACUCUUUUGUACACGAGAGAGUGACCCCAUCCGUGGCCCUGACGGCAGGAUGCACGGCAACAAAUGUGCGCUGUGUGCUGAAGUUUUCUUGAGGAACUUUUCUGAAGAAAAAAAUAAAUCAGAUCAAAAUCUGAUUGAGAAUGAAGAAAAUGUUAAAGUUAAAAGAGAAAUUGAGAAACAAUGCAGCGAAUAUCGAGAUCAUGCAAAGAAGGGGAUACUUUUCUGUACCAGAGAAAAUGACCCUGUCCGUGGUCUAGAUGGAAAAAUGCACGGCAACCUGUGCUCCAUGUGCCAAGCCUUCUUCCAACAAGAAGCUGAAGAAAAGAAAAAGGCUAAAGCCCAAGCAAGAAACAAAAGAGGAUCUGAAAAAGCACCUUCAUAUGAAGAUCUUUGCAGUGAAUAUCGACAGUUGGUGAGGGAUGGGAGACUCCCCUGCACCAGAGAGAAUGACCCCAUUCAGGGUCCAGAUGGGAAAAUGCAUGGCAACACCUGCUCCAUGUGUCAGGCCUUCUUCCAAGCAGAAGAACAGGAAAAGAAAAAGAGGGAAAGUACGUCAAGAAAUAAAAGACAAUCUGCUUCCUUUGAGAAGUUAUGUAGUGAAUACCGCAAAUCCUGGAAGAAUGGACAACUUAUUUGCACCAGAGAGAAUGACCCCAUUCGGGGCCCAGAUGGGAAAAUGCAUGGCAACACCUGCUCCAUGUGUCAGGCCUUCUUCCAAGCAGAAGAAGAGGAAAAGAAAAAGAGGGAAAGUACGUUAAGAAAUAAAAGACAAACUGCUUCCUUUGAGAAGUUAUGUAGUGAGUACCGCAAAUCCUGGAAGAAUGGACAACUUAUUUGCACCAGAGAGAAUGACCCCAUUCGGGGCCCAGAUGGGAAAAUGCAUGGCAACACCUGCUCCAUGUGUCAGGCCUUCUUUAAACAAGAAGAAAAAGGAAAAGCAAAAGAUAAGAGGGAAGCUGCAAAGGAAAUCUGCAGGGAAUUCCAGAACUACGUGAGAAAUGGAUCACUCGUAUGCACCAGGGAGCAUAACCCCGUUUUUGGCCCAGAUGGCCAAAUUCACGGAAACAAGUGUUCCAUGUGUUCUAGUGUGUUCCAAGCAGAAGAAGAGGAAAAGAAAAAGAAGGAAAUUAUUUCAAGAAAUAAGAGACAAUCUGCUUCCUUUGAGAAGUUAUGUAGUGAAUACCGCAAACCCUGGAAGAAUGGACAACUUAUUUGCACCAGAGAGAAUGACCCCAUUCGGGGCCCAGAUGGGAAAAUGCAUGGCAACACCUGCUCCAUGUGUCAGGCCUUCUUUAAACAAGAAGAAAAAUCAACAGCAAAAGAAAAAAGGGAAGCUGCAAAGGAAAUCUGCAGGGAAUUCCAGAACUACGUGAGAAAUGGAUCACUCGUAUGCACCAGGGAGCAUAACCCCGUUUUUGGCCCAGAUGGCCAAAUUCACGGAAACAAGUGUUCCAUGUGUUCUAGUGUGUUCAUGCUUGAAGAAGAGGAGACGAAAAAUCAUAAUGAAGAAGAAACAGAGAAAGUUGAGGCUGAAAAAGUUAAGAGAGAAGCCGUGGAGAAGCUGUGCAGUGAAUACCGUCAGUAUGUGAAGGAUGGGUGGCUCCCCUGCACCAGAGAGAAUGACCCCAUUGAGGGCCUGGACGGGAAAAUCCACGGCAACACUUGUUCCAUGUGUGAGGCCUUCUUCCUGCAAGAAGCAAAAGAAAAAGAUAAUGAAUCCAGAGAAAAAGUUAAAAGAGAAUCUGAAAAGGAUAACUGUAGUGAAUUUCGGAGCCUUUUGCAAAAUGGAACUCUUUUCUGCACACGAGAAAACGAUCCCGUGCGUGGCCCAGAUGGCAAGACCCAUGGCAAUAAGUGUGCCAUGUGCAAGGCAGUCUUCAAGAAGGAAAGUGAAGAAAGAAAGAAGAAAGAAGAGGAUGAUCAGAGAAAUUCUUCAGGACAAGGUUCUAAUGGUGGAGGAGGGAAAGCUCAGGAUCCAUGUGCUGAGUAUCGGGAUCAUAUGCAAAAUGGAAAACUCAGCUGUACUCGGGAGAGUGAUCCUGUACGUGGUGCCAAUGGGAAAUCAUACAACAACAAAUGUGUCAUGUGUAAAGAGCUACUGCAAAAAGAACUAGAGGAAAAAGAAAAGAAUUCUGGCAUCAGAUCAAAUGAGACUGGAUCAGAGUCAGGAAAGGAUGUAUGUGAUGAGUUUAGAAGCCAACUAAAAAAUGGACAACUCAUCUGCACUCGAGAGAGCGACCCCGUCCGGGGUCCUGAUGGCAAGACACAUGGCAAUAAAUGUGCCAUGUGUAAGGAGAGGCUGGAAAAGGAAGCAGCUGAGAAAAAAAAGAAAGAAGAUGAAGAAAAGAAAAAUACAGGGGAAAAGAACAACAACAAGGAGGAUCUGUGUUAUGAAUUCCGGAGCAAGCAGAAAGAUGGAAAGCUUGUCUGCACCAGAGAAAAUAACCCUGUUAGAGGCCCAGAUGGCAAGAUGCAUGUCAACAAGUGUGCCAUGUGUCUGAGCGUCUUUGAGCGAGAAGCCAGUGAAAGAAAAAAUGAUGAAGAGUCAAGUUCCAAGCCUUCAAACAAGCCUUCAAAUGAUGCAAAGGACCAGUGCAGAGAGGUUCAGAGUGAAGCAGAGGAUGCAAAGUUUAGACAGUCUGGGAGUACCUUGGCCUCGGUUGCCGGGAUCAGAGCAGAUGAGUGCAGUGAGUUUCGGAAACACUUGAGGAAUGGAGAGCUCAUCUGUACCCGAGAGCAUGACCCCGUGCGAGGCGAAGACGGAAAGUUCUACAGAAACAAGUGCCACAAGUGCAGAGCUGUCUUUCAAAAAGAAACUUUUGAAAAGGUAAAACUUCAUAAAAUGUCAUUCCACAUUAGAGCUUCCGAAGAGGAAAAAAGCCCAGGUUCACCCAAUUCUUCUCUGGAUUCCGAGAUGUGCAAACAGUACCGAGUGCUGCCAAGGAUGGGUUUUCUUUGCCCAAAGGAUUUACAGCCUGUCUGUGGUGAUGAUGGACAAACAUAUAACAACCCUUGUAUGCUCUGUCAUGAAAACCUGAUGCGUCAAAUGAAUAUACACAUACGUAGUGAAGGGAAGUGUGGGGAAAGCAGCAUCCCAGAAACCCCUGUGGACGCACAGGCAUCUGACAAAUGAUUCAAGGAUUGGUGGAUGCAAUGAGGGAAAAAAUAUGCCCUAAAUUCUGAACCUCCUACCUUCGUCAUCUGUAUAUAUAAAGAAUGCUUCAGAGUUCUUCUUAUUUACUAUAGAAAACAAUGCAGAGCUGUUGGGACUGGACCCACUGAUUUUCAGUCUUUUUCCAUCUCUUUCCUCCUAGACACUGUGGUCUUAGAGCACACAGAAAUCCCCACCUGGUCUGUGCUCUGAAAUGCCCUGAUCACAGUGUUGUCUGUCCAACUGCCCGUUUAAUAAAAGUAGACUCCGCAGAACACCCUUUGGGGGAUUUCUUUGUCACUGCCUAAGAUAAAAGGAACCUUUUUUUUUUAAAUUUUUUACAGAAGCUGGAUAAACUCUACCCUUUUGUCUUGCUAAUAAACUCACUGGUAGACAGACUACUCAUUUUCUUUAUGUUCAAGUUGCUGUCAUAGUUGGGAAGGAGUGCCUAGGUAGGGAGAAGGCAGUGUGGACCCCUAUGCAUCCAGCAGUAUAUAAAGCUGCCUACUACAAUACCAGUUCUCCUAUUUGGCUCCUACAUUUUCAUGAAGAGCAUAACUAUCUCUCAGUUACGUAAAGCCAUCCAGUGAACUAGCGAACUAAUGAAUAAUUUCUCAUACCCAGCCAUGUUACCUCUUGACAAUUCCAUAUAUGGGUGCUUUGUACCCAUAAUCUGGGAAAGACUAAGGAAAUGAUUACCCAUAUGUUCAAGUCCCCAGAGUAGCAAUCUCCAAUAAAACAGUACAAUCCA